AUGUCACUGAAAGCUGCGGAUAUCCCCACGUGGGCAGACCUCUCAAGCAAAUUCAUCGACCAGUACAGGUACUGUGCGGAGACGCCCCCGACUCUGCUGGAGCUCAGCACGAUGGAGAUGACCGAUGACCAGGGCUUCGAGGCCUAUGCAGUGAAGUGGCGGGCUAGAGCGGCGAAGCAUAUCCCUCCGAUCAGUGAGGCACAGCAGAUCCAAUUAUUCCACUCCACUCUUAAAGGUGCCUACUACUUGCACUUGUUGGCCCAUACGUCGUCAUUCUCCAACCUUAUCGAUGCCGGAAAGAAGCUCGACAUCGGCAUUAAGCUCGGCAAGAUAGAAGGGCGCCAGGCCCCCCAGCAAUAUUCCAUAAGCUACACGCCCGCACCACCAGCCACUCAAGCAUAUGCUCCACCUUCGAUACAUUAUCAACAACAACCCCCAGCGCAGCAAGCUUACUAUUCCGCCCCACCGGCUUCCUUUCCAUUGCCGGUCCCGCAGCAAUACGCCCAUAAUUAUGCUUCUGCUCCUCCUCAGACCCCGCAAUACAGGCCUCCGGCUUCGAGAACUCCUCAGCCGACACAACAGGCCCCAGCCCCACAAGGUCAGCAAGGUGGCGCAACGCAAAAUCGGCAGCGUAAACAGUUCACACCUCUGCCGGCUCCGCUCUCCUACAUAUACCGGCAACUCCUCGCGGGUAACAAGAUCCGAUCGAUAGCACCUAACCCUGAUUUCGACCCAACCAUCCAAGAUCAAAGUCGACGCUGCGAGUACCAUCAGGGCGCACCCGGUCACACCACUGACAAUUGUUGGAAAUUACGGGAGAGGAUCCAACAGUUGAUUGAUGACAAGCAACUCACGUUCAACGCCGUCAAACCCCCGAACGUACAAUCAAAUCCUCUUCCCGAUCACGGGUCGAGCUCGGGACCUAGCAUUAACAUGAUCGGUGUUUGCGCUAUAGGGGAGUACGAGACCGGACAGGAGGCACCGGCCCCGUUUGUGAUCGAAUAUGUUCCCGCAGAAGCUGGUGUAGGGUACGCAGGGUUCGAUGCCACGCCCACCCCAUUCGUGAUAGAAGUCCCCGCACGAGAGCCAUAUCAAGACAGCAAGGUCCCGUGGACCUACGAAGGAAGUGUUGGGAACCUCGAGAGUCAAUUUAGCGUCAUGGGCGUGACACGCUUGGGUCGAGUCUAUAAAAAUCCGAAGGUCGCAAACAAAGGGAAAGCCCUGGCAAUGCCCGAAGUCGCCCCGAAAGCCUCGUCCAUUCCCCAGAAGAAGGUGACUGAAGAAGAAGCUGAGGCCUUCAUGAAGAUUAUCAAGGCAAGCAAGUACAAGGUCGUUGAACAAAUGGGCAAAUCUCCAGCCCACAUUUCACUACUCGCCCUCCUCUUGGGUUCAGAGCCACAUCGUGAAGCGCUUCUGAGGGUCCUAACAGCAGCGCAGAUCCCCAAAGAGACGGCUCCGGAGCGGAUUGAGGAGACUAUCAAUUCGAUCUUCUCCAACAACAUUUCAUUCUCAGAUGAUGAACUUCCCUCAGAAGGGUGGGCACACUCGCGGGCACUACACAUUGUCUGCAAGUGUAAUAACUUUAUCAUCGGUCGGGUCAUGAUCGACAAUGGCUCGGCACUCAAUGUUUUCCCGGUUUCCACGUUGAAGCAGAUGAACGUGGACUUUAACCGUAUCCGUCCGAGCAAGACUGCAGUUCGAGCCUUCGACGGCUCUCGGAGGGAAGUAAAUGGAGAGAUCGACCUGGUGAUCGAGGUGGGUCCCUGCUCAUUCGUUGUUACGUUCCAAGUCCUAGACAUCCCGAAUGCUUUCAGCUUGUUGCUCGGGAGACCGUGGAUCCAUGCGGCUGGCGCUGUUCCUUCGUCCCUACACCAAAGGAUUAAAUUCAUCGCAGAAGAUCGACUUAUCACCGUCAAGGGUGAGGAGGAUUACGCCAUUUACAAGGAGACAGCUGUUCCCUACAUCACAAGUUUUGCCCGACUGACAACGAUCGUUGGUUAUCGUUUUCCUGCAUACAGGUCUGAGUGUACAGAUCCCGGAAGGUGUCCCCCGAGCGGGCGUAUGUCUGUCUCGUUCGACAAGCCGCAGUCCCUAUUCGGGUGA